AUGAAGAUCAAACGGGUAUCGCACGACGGCUGCUUCCGCUUGCUGUGGAUAAUGCUCGGCGGUAUUGCGCCCAGGCUGUCGAGUCUGAUGGGACUUGGGCUGAGACUCCCGACUACUGAUCGGGAAUUCCCGGACAACGCAGGGGCUUGGGUUUCUAUGAGGUCGACAUGGAGUGACCCUGAGGGCUUGUUCAUUGCGAUGAAAGCAGGUAGCAUGAUAGGCCACGCAGCGCAUGGUAAUCUCGAUGCCGGCGACUUCGUGCUUGAUGCGAUGGGCGAACGAUGGGCCGGUGAGCUCUGUCAGGACGACUAUUUGGCUGAAGGUUACUUCUCAGGCGAGAGCCAGGAUAGUAGGCGGUGGGACUAUUACCGCUGCAGAACUGAAGGGCAGAAUACGAUGGUGAUGAAUGGCGAAAACCAAAUCGCAGAUUCCCAACCGCAAACCCGCUUCGAAUCGUCGGAGAUGAAUGGCGAUCCCGACCUCAUCGAGACCACAGCGUAUUGGAUUGUCAACAUGGCUGCCGCUUAUAAUGGGACACGCAUUCAACGCGGCUUGAGAAUGCUCAAUAAACGAAGACAGGUGUUGAUUCAAGACGAAAUUGGGACUUCACCGCAUAGCUUCCAGUGGCGAAUGCAUACCAAUGCCAGUAUCUCAUAUAGCAAGGACCAAAGGACGGCUCGCUUGGACCUCAAUAACAAGACAUUGGAUGUAAUACUCCAGUCUCCGGUAAAUGCUGUCUUCGAGACUCUCGAGCCCGUUCCUCAAGGUGAUUCGCGAAAAGACAAUUUGAAAGAUAUGUCAAACGAGGGUGUCAGCGUCUUAGCUAUCGACAUUUUCUCUGGGAGUAGUACCGUUUCUGUGGUCUUUUCGCCUAGGUGGGGCAGAGAUAAGGAGGUCAAAUUGCCAAAACUCGUCCCUCUUGAGGAGUGGACACUAGGAUCUCAUGAACAAGAUGAAUAG